GAACAGGUUUAUUAGGAAUGUUGAUGCGGUUUUCAUUCAUUGUUCAAAUCGCUUCUGUUAUGUUACGGACGUGUGUAUUAGUGAUAGAUUAAUUGAAAAUCUUGAUAAAUUCUGCUGUUCGUGUGAUUUGUGAGGCGAUUUUAAUAUGUUGACCGUUGUUUUGUUAGUUUUGAGUUCGUUUAGAGGAGCCUACUCUGAGACCUUUCAGGAUACGGGUGAAAUUUUAGAGAAAUUUCUAUUAGAGGCCAUCAAAGAUAAUAAGACUAUUGAUAUCGAUUUCGGUGAUUCUGAAGAAAAGCCAUGUAUACCACUUCAACCAGCGUCUGAGAGUACCCCUGUACCUGGACGGAGAAUAAGCGAACAGAAGUGUUACGAAUAUGUUGAACAGAUGAAAAACCGGGAAAAAGAAGAGAAAUGGGCUGAGCGAUGUCGUCUGUAUCUUCUUUCCCAAAUAAGGAAGGGAGUUUUCGAUGAAAUUAUUUUUGUUAUAAAUAGUCCGGUUAUAUUCGGCGGUCGGCCUGCUAUUAAUGGUGAAUUCCCGCACAUGGGAGCUAUUGGAUGGAGAUCUAAAGAUUCGUCCAAGAAGUGGGUAUUUAAAUGCGGCGGUGCACUUAUUAGUGAAAACUUCGUGCUAACAGCAGCACACUGUUCAAAAUUAUCGUUGAGGAGAGUUUCAGAUAUUGUUAACAGGCAGCCGGAAAUAGUAAGACUCGGUGUUAACGAUAUUACAAGUGAUGAGUUCGAAGUCAACGGACAAAUUACAGAUGUAAAAAUAAAACACAUCAUUGUUCACCCGAAGUAUGCUUCACCAAAAAAAUAUUAUGACAUCGCGCUCAUAGAACUGGAACAGGAAGUGAAAUUUAUUGGCAAUCUGCAACCAGCCUGUCUCUGGAUAAAUAACGAUUUUAGUGAACUCGGAAAUACAGCUUCUGUGACCGGCUGGGGGUACACUGAGAACGGCCAUCAAUCUGAAGUUCUCCGAACAGCCACGAUACCUGUGAUAGACACUAAGCAAUGCGAACCACUUCUUGUACAGCAUCGAAAUCGUAACUGGAAUGGGCUCACAAACCAUCAGAUUUGUGCUGGUAAUUUAACCGGAGGCGUUGACACUUGCCAGGGUGAUUCUGGAGGCCCCAUCCAAAUAAAGAUGCCUCUUGAUACCAACGGUAACAUGCACUGGAUCCUUGGCGUUACGUCUUUCGGAAUCAAAUGCGGACGCAAAAACCGUCCUGGAGUGUACACCCGUGUAUCAAGUUUCAUAGAUUGGAUUGAAGAAAAUGUUUGGCAACAGAAAAAAAUACCCCAGCUGCUGUUUAAAACGUAGUAACUCUUUUUUAUACAUAUGGAAAGUGUCGGAAAAUCGUAUAGAUUUACUAAUUUACCACUUCUAGUGGCACAUUAUAACAGAUUAAGCAUUAAUUUCAUAUAUUAUGUACAUGUCCUUAAAGACUAUUUUAUUUGAAUGUUUACGAAAACCAACAACAAAAUAGUGACAAACAGAACGCUGUUUCAGUUAAACCAGUAAACUAUAGAUCUUGAAACGGUUGUCGAUUAUUCUUAGCCUUAUUUCUCUUUUCCCCUUUUCGAUUGUAUCUUUUACUACUGAAUAUAGUUGUACGAAAUUGUUAUAAUACCUAGUUAAAAAAUAAAAAGAUAUAGCAUCUUAAUUAAACAAUAUAAACACAA